AUGGAUGAGCUGCUAACAAACCUAAUCAAGGGAACUUUGCUUCCUUCUGCUCAUCUCUGGAUCAUCUCUCAGCCUUCAGGACUCGAUAAGAUUCCAACUGAUUAUAUCCAGAAAGUCACCAAAUGUCAAGAGACCUCAGAGCGAUGGAAGAAGCUGGUGACACAUCUGCAUGAAAGACUUCUUAGAGAAAACAGUCAGCCUGAAGAUAUGAACCAUCCUAACCAGAAAAACACAGAACACAUCAUGAGAGAAGACAUCACUGCAGAGGUCACUGAUGAACAGAAGAAGAAACAGACUGUGGUGAAAGUGAAAGCAACAUCUGACAUCUUUAAAGAUGGGAAUGGAGAAAAAAUCAGGACUGUGCUGACUGUUGGAGAGGCUGAUAUCGGAAAAUCUUUCCAUCUUGACUUUGACAUCAAGAAUCCUGUGACUGAUGUCAGUGAGUCAGCCUCAGUGGAUGUGCUGCUGACAAACCUCAUCAAAGGAAACCUGCUUCCUUCGGCCCGAGUGUGGAUAACUUCCCGACCUUCAGCUAUCAAUUGGCUGAAUGCUGACAAAUUAGUUUACAGGAGGACAGAAAUACGAGAGAAACCUGAUAUUACAAGUCAUCGGAACCUCAAAUCUCAUCUGAAGGACCAGUUUACCUGCGUGUCUGAGGGCAUCGACAGGCAGAAAGCCUCUGCUGUUCUGAAUGAGAUCUACACAGAGCUCUACAUCAUAGAGGGUCAGAGUGAAGAAGUCAAUGAUCAGCAAGAGACCAGACAGAUUCAAAAUGCAAAGUUCAAACCAGUAAGAGAAGAAACAGCAAUUAAGUAUAACAAGAUCUUCACAUCUGUUGAAAAUAAACCAAUUAAAACGGUGAUGACUCUUGGAGUGGCGGGCAUAGGGAAAACAAUCACAUCAAUGAAGUACAUGCUGGACUGGGCUGAUGGUACAGACAUUCAAAACAUUUAUUACAUAUUCCCACUUCCUUUCCGGGAGCUUAAUUUGAGAAGAGAGGAACAGCAAAGUUUUGAGGAACUUCUUCAUCAGUUCUUCCCAGCUAUGAGGACCUCAGAAAUAUCUGACUACAACAAGUACCAAAUUCUGAUUGUUCUGGAUGGCUUUGAUGAAUGCCGCCUUGAUCUUGACUUCAGUGAAAGUAAUAAAUACAUCGAUGUGAAAGAGUCGACAUCAGUGAAUGUUCUGCUCACCAACCUCAUCCAAGGAAAUCUGCUUCCUAAGGCUCAAAUCUGGAUCACCUCCCGACCUGCAGCAUCCAACCGUAUUCCUGCUGAUAAAGUUGACCGGGUCACAGAGGUGCGAGGAUUCAAUGAUGAGCAAAAGGAAGAGUACUUCAGGAAGAGGUUUAAUGACAAAAAUCUGGCUGAAAAUAUCCUCUCUCAUGUAAAGAAGUCAAGGAGCCUUUAUAUCAUGUGUCACAUACCAGUUUUCUGUUGGAUCACUUCAAAGGUUCUUGAGGAAUAUGUGACCACAAACCAAGAAGGUGAAAUGCCCAAGACUCUGACUGACAUGUACACAUACUUUCUUUUGCUGGAGUGCAGACAGGCUAACAGAAAGUACAGUGAAGAUGAGACACGUGAGCGCUGUGAGACAGAUGAAUGCUGGAAUGAAAGAAACAAGGAAACCGUUAUAUCUUUAGGAAAACUAGCUUUUGAGGAGCUCGUGAAAGGAAACUUUCUCUUUACUGAAGAAAACCUGACACAGUGUGGUACUAAUGAAACAAAUGCUGCUGUUUUUUCUGGGAUAAUCACUCAGAUCAAACGAGAGAGUACCUCCCUGUACCAACAGAAACUGUUUUGCUUUGUCCAUGUGAGCAUUCAGGAGUUCUUGGCAGCUUUCUAUGUGUUUUACAUAUUCAAUAACAAAGGUGAAAAUCUGCUUACCACCCCCCCUUCAGUGGUUUCAGGCUUGCCUGCAUCAGACUUCUACAAGAAAGCAGUGGACAAGGCUUUAGAUAGUAAACAUGGAGACUGGGACCUGUUUCUUCGCUUCCUGCUUGGCCUCUCACUGGAGACCAAUCAGAAGCAUCUGAAAGAGCUGCUGAAAGACAACAGAAAAAUUAACAAAGAAACUAACAAGGAGACAGCUGAGUACAUCAAAAAGAAGAUCAAUGAAGACAUCAGUGAUGCAGAUAAAAACCUCAAUCUGCUUUACUGUUUGAAUGAGCUGAAUGACCACUCUCUUGUUGAAGACAUCAAAAAGCAACUGCGAUCAGGAACACAGAAUUUUGAAGAUUACUCUGCUGGUCAGUGGUCUGCUCUGACUUUUGUGCUGCUGACAUCAGAUGAGAAUCUUGAUGUGUUUGAUCUGAAAAAGUACCGGAAAUCAGAGAAAGUUCUUCUGGGAAUGAUGCCUGUGGUCAAAGUCUCCAAACGUGCUUUGCUGAGUUGGUGUGAGCUCUCUGAACAAUCCUGCAGUGGUCUGACAUCCUCAGUCCUAGGCUCUGCAUUCUCAAACCUCUCAGAGUUGGACUUCAGCCACAAUGAUCUGCUGGAUUCAGGUGUGCAACAUCUUGCUGAAGGCCUGAAGAGUCCACACUGUAAACUGGAAAUUCUGAAGUAA